AUGAGAGAUAACGGUCUGUCCAACAUUCAGCUCCCUAUCGACACGACACUUUUUCUUUCUAUCUAUCUAUCUAUCUAUAGAACCUGUUCAUUUCAUCUAUCUGAGAGUAGACCAUUCUGCCAUCCAUCUGGCUAUAUCUAUCUAUCUAUCCUCUAUCUAUUUAUCCAUAUCUGGGGGAAGAUCUAUCUAUUCAUUCUGUUCCCAACUAUAUCUAUCUAUCUAUCUCAUUCUGAAUGUAAUAUCUAUCUAUCUAUCUAUCUAUCUAUCUAUCUAUCUUAUUCUUCCUUCAUAUCUAUCUAUCCAUCUAUUCCAUCUAUUAUGGAUUCUAUCUAUUCUAUUCAAUCUAUCUAUCUGAUAUAUCUAUCUAUCUUUUAUUUGUUCAUUCAUCUAUCUAUCUAUUUUUCAUUCAUCUAUCUAGCUAUCUAUCUUAUUCUGGAUCGUGAUGGUAAUAUUUCUCUCCCUCUCUCUUUUUGUCUCCCUCUCUCUUUCUGUCUCCCUCCUCUUUCUUUCUUUCUUUCUUUCUUUCUUUCUUUCUUUCUUUUUUUUUUUAAGGACUAUCUAUCUAUCUAUCUAUCUAUCUAUCUAUCUAUCUAUCUAUCUAUCUAUCUAUCUAUCUCUUUAGAUUUUUUUAAUUAA